GCAGGGCGCAGGGCGCAGGCCGCAGCGCAUCGCGCAGUCAGCUGUCAGCUGAGUCAGUGCUGAAUGUACAUACAUACACGUGUAUAUACUGUAUAUAGCUCUUGCUUGCAUGCGUGAUUUCACCCCACGAAACUUGAUACAGUUCCCUCAUCGUAACAAAGAGUUAAAUACGACGUAGGACUUAGGUAAAUCGAUCUGUUUCAACAUGAAGCCAACACUCGUGGCUGACGAAAUGUUUCCCGAAGGAGCUGGACCUUACGUCGAAUUAGAGGAGGUCGGAGGUAGUAGGCUAUUGGUGGAUCUUACAGCUAGUGAGAAAGCUGUUCAUUCGGAAUUUUUCAAUGAGUUUGAUGAUCUUUACGACGAUGAUGAUUUGGAGUAAAGCAGCGUUCCUAACAAGUUUAACUACACAGUGCUUUUGUACAGAUUGCAAUUAACUUAGUAUCGAAGCAGAAAAUUUCUUCUUCAUGUAAAUCCAUGCGAAACAUGGGUACAAUGUAUAAUCAACGGACAUCAUAUAUGUCAUCAGGUGCGCUCAGCAGAAAACAGUGUCAAGUUAAUAUUUACCACUGACAAAAUAAUCGAUCAACGCUCCCUUGUGCUGCAUAGUUUACUAUUUCUUAUUUCGGUAUAACGCCCACCAUAAUCGACACAAUUAUACUAUUACUCUUUUGAUUCUUUACAAAUACCAAGGAUAAUCAAUUAUUGCAUUAAUCUCAACAUUAAUGCAGCGUACCUUCGAUAUAUUUAAUAAAAAAAAAAAAAAAAAAAGUAUUCAAGAUGAAAAGUUACGCAAUAGUUUUAAAAUAAUUUCUUUCUGUUGAACGCAGCCAUUAAAUGUAGCAUGUUUAUACAUAUGAUAGAUAUGAAAAAAAAUUUCA